CUGUUUUUGUUGUCAGAUUGACGUUUCAUAUGUCAUGUUUCGUAAACUACAUCAGUUUUUUUUACUGAAAUUAUCAGUGUAGAAGUCAUGUAAAUAGUAAUAGAAAAACCCUUAAAACACUUCAAUAAUAUACCUGCACAUGACCCCUGUUAUAAUGGAAUUGCAAGCACAAGAAUAUUUGAAACAAAAAAACUGGAUUCAAGCCAUAGAUUUAUAUAACAAACUUCUCAGCAACAAACAGAAUACCAUUGAACUAAUCGUUUCCUAUUUAACUGACAGAGCUGAAUGUUUCUUGGAGUUGAAUAACCACCAUGGAGUUAUAGUUGAUUCAAAAAACAUUAUAAAGUUGUCUCAAGAUCACACUAGCUACAAUGUUUGCUUGGCAAGAAAACGGCUGAUACAUUCUCUUUAUAUGUUGAAAAUGUUUGCAGAAGCAGAUAUGGCUGCUAGAGAUUGGUUAAUUCUCAUACAAGAAUCUGACAUGAACACAGAAAUAAAACCGGUCUUAGAGAGUCUUCUAGGAAAUUUUAUAAAUUGUAUGAAUCCUAAGCAGAAAACAAUAAAUCUAUUGAAAAUUUUGGAUGCAAAUUUCACAAAUGCGUUCAACAUCAAUUCAAAGAUUGAUAGACCACCUUCUUUGGUAUCCUGCAUUUACUGCAAUGUAUCCUUUGUGGACAAAAUGGAACUUCGUACACAUUGUCAAACUGAAACUCAUGAAAUGAUGAUAAUGUCUGAUGACGGUCAUGACUGGUAUUGUCGACCACCCCCUAGGGGAUUCAAACCUGAUAAUUACAUUAUUUGUGAGAACUUUAGAGAAACAGGAUGUUGUCGCUUUGGAGUACAAUGUGUCCAAGCACACGGAGAAGAGGAACUGAUGGAAUGGAAAGAAAGAUUCCAUUACAGAGAAAUGAGGUUGCAGAGGGCCAGAGAGAAGGAGUUAUUCGGAAAAUCUUACACAGAAGAAAUCUUGGAAAAGUGGGUUCAGUCUCCAAAUCCAAAUACUCUUAUGCGAGAUAAGAUUGAAGAUGUUGAUGAUCAUUGUUCAUGCCCUCUAUCUGCAACAGUUUCCUCAAAAAAUAGUAUACAUGAAUGGAUUUUCUACUUGAAAACCAGGAGACCUCUCAAAGCAGUAGCUCUCUUACAAGACACACACCGAAACCACUUUUUCAUAUCAAGUAUACUAAUAAAAAAUUGUAAAAUAGAUCUAAAAAAUAAUCAAGAAUGGAUAUCACCUUUAUUACAUCAGGAAUCCAUGUUGCCUGUAGAAUAUAGAAUCAAAGUAGUUUUCACUACAGGAAUUUUUGGUACCUUUAGACAAUCCGUUGUAUUUGAUUUUUCAUCGGAACCUGUGCUAGUGAAACAUUUAUGUGUUGAUGUAGUUCCAGACCCAGAUUUAGAAAAAAUCAAUGAGAUUCGCAAAGAAAUCACUGUUUCAAUAGCUGAACGUUGGACCGUAGAUAACUCUGACAUUGUUCAGUUUGUCUCAUCUAUAGUGAACACUGGUGCUAAUGAAGAGUGGGAAAAACGUCUGCGAUCAAUGUACCCUUGUCCACAAGCUGACACAUUUUUCCUGUCUCACGCAACAGUGGCAGAAAAAAAAUUCACCAAAAACAAUUAUAGAGAAAGAAUGCACGAACUGCUUUUCAUAGAAGAAAUGGCCAGAUAUGAGCUCAUUGCUCAAUACAACCUGACAACGAAAUUACAAAUAACCUAUAGCUAUAUUUUAUCACCAAAUAGUAUGGCGGCAAGCACAGCAAAGUUUUCUAAUGAUGGAGAACUAUAUGCCUCUGUCAGUCUAGGAAAAGAACUGUCAGAAGAUACAUCAGAAGGGAGGCUCAUUCUGAUGCAUUGCAAUACUGUUUAUUUAUGCCUCUCUGUUUAUGAUCCACAUCAUAGAAAAAAAGUGUAUGAAGCCCUUAUUGAAGAUAAGGGCAAGAAUAAUAUUUAUGUGAGAUUAUCAGCCCAGACUGUAACAGAAAUGAGGUUGACACCUGAAUCUGAUGUAGAAGUUGAAAUCCAGUUCCAACUCAACAGGAUACCAUAUUGCGAAUGGCAUUACACAAUUGACAAAAUGGCUAGUUACAAGAUGAUAUUUCCUGAAACAUAUAUUGAACCAAGCAUACCUUGGUCACCCUCAAGGCAGUGGUCUCGAACACUUGACAGUCGCUUAAAUACUAAGCAAAAAGAGGCUGUAAAUGCUAUUACAACUCCCUUAUGUGUUCCUCUACCUCCUAUAUUAGUUAUAGGUCCUUUUGGUACAGGAAAGACUUUCACUCUAGCUCAAGCUAUAAGGGAAUUGAUAAAAGAACCAAAUAACAGAAUUCUUUUGUGUACGCAUUCCAACAGUGCUGCAGAUUUAUACAUAAAAGAUUAUUUGGAUCAGUGGGUGGAGGCCGGAGAAGAAAAUGCUAGACCAUUGAGAAUUUAUUAUAAGAAACGUUGGGUAACAACUGUAAGUCCCAUAGUGCAAAAGUACUGCUUAAUCCGAAACAAUGGCAAUGUCAGAACCUUCGAAAUUCCAACCAUAGAGGACAUCAUGAAACAUAAAAUUAUUGUGGUAACCCUAUCUACAUCCGUUUACUUAUCUGCAAUGGGUUUACCUCAAGGAUACUUCACACAUAUUCUACUUGAUGAGGCUGCACAAGCAAUAGAAUGUGAAACAGUUACACCUUUGGCUGUGGCUCACGAAAAUACUAGAGUAGUUCUAGCUGGAGACCACAUGCAGUUGGGCCCAGAUAUAUUUUCUUCUUUUGCCAAAGAAAGGAACCUCCACAUUUCUCUUUUGGAAAGAUUGUAUGAUCACUACCCUUCUCAAUUUCCUUGCAAAAUAUUGCUUUGUGAAAAUUAUCGAGCUCAUGAGAGUAUAAUACAAUUUACUUCCGAGUCUUUUUAUGAUCAGAAACUCAUAUCCAGCAGCAAACAACCCAAACAUUAUAAAUUCUACCCUCUAACAUUCUUCACAACAAGGGGUGAAGAUGUUCAGGACAAAAACUCCACUGCUUUCUAUAACAAUUCAGAAGUUUAUGAGGUAGUGGAGAGGGUAGCAGAACUGAAACGUAACUGGCCAAGUGAAUGGGGAGCUUACAAUGAUCAAUCUAUAGGAGUUGUAACACCGUAUUCGGAUCAAGUUUUCCGAAUACGGUCAGAACUUCGAAAGAGGAGGAUAGAUAAUGUAUGUGUGGAAAGGGUAUUGAACGUUCAAGGCAAACAGUUCCGGGCUAUAAUACUGUCCACCGUGAGGACCAGGAAGACGUGCAGUAAUGAUUCAGGGGGAGCGGAGGUGGAUUAUGGGUUUUUGUCAAAUUCUAAAUUGUUGAAUACAGCAAUCACUAGAGCCCAAAGUUUGGUAGCGGUUGUGGGAGAUCCUAUAGCUCUUUGUUCCCUGGGUAGAUGCAGUAAAGUCUGGGAGAGGUUCAUACAAAUUUGUAAAGAUAACAACAGCUUAUAUGGAAUCACUUGGACACAACUAAAGUUACAACUAGAUGGUAUUGAACUGAAAAAAAUAUACACUCUCAAUCCAUUGGCGCCUGAGUUCAUUCCAAGAAAGUACAAAGAAAUGGGAAUUGUCUCCCACCACAUCGGACUAGAAAACAACAUUCCCAAGGAAAUCGUGCCACCCAAUUCGAACAUGGUGUCUCAGAUAGGACCGCCUGUCGUCCCUCAAUUUCCAAUGCAAGAUAUUCGGUUUUAUCCACCAGUCGUCUUCGCCCAGCAACCUCGACCAUUUUUAUUCAAUCUCAUGCCUCCUCCAAUUUCUAAUGGUUUCAAUCGAGCCGUACCCAUAGUAAACCCAAAUAUGGUGGUUCCACCUCGGCCUCCUGUUUCUUCAAUACAGCAACCGCUACACUUACCUAGGUCAGUUCCUGUGCAACCUGUUCCAAAUAUGGUGGUGCAAUCAGAGAACAAGCAUACCACCACGCAGUCGAAUAAUAAGUUGAUUCAAUUUAUGAAUAACGUUCACUUCCCCGAAGCAAAUGUUCUGAAUGACUGUAUCAAUUUGUUGCCUCAGAGCAUGUCACUAGCAGAUAUGCUACUGCAGCCACCAAACAUGCAAGAAAAGUGGUACAAUUUUCUGAAGGAAACUACAGGAGUUGAAGCUGCCGAAAAGUUCAAGUACCUCCUGCACACCACAAAUCAAAAAGGAUCAAAAGUAAUGGAUAAGAACAUUUUUGAACGUUCAACUCCCUCAUCCUGUGAAUCUCCUACUUUCUGUUGGUAUGACAGUCCUACCAACCAGAUAAACUUCAACAAGCCCGUGUACAUGACAGAAAACUUGCCAGCAGACAAUGGCAGUAUCCAACAAAAUGGUUUCGAAAAAGAAACCAUAGUAGAAAUGAAUGGUGACGAAAGUUAUAUGACUGAAGUAGACUUGCAAAGGCAUAUAAAUGAGGAGUUUGCUAACCUGAAUAUUAACAACAGUGAUGUUAAUGAAGUAUUCAACGCAUUCACAGUAAAAAGUGAACAUGGGUUUCACUUGAAUGGUGGCAAUGAUAUGGCUGGCCCAAAGUUUUACAAAUAUUUUCAGUAGAUCUUCUAUUUAUGAUUAAUGUGUAAAUUGUACAUAAACUUGUAUAUUAUGUGU